GUAGGCGCCGCCAGGUGUCGUCAGUGAUGGAAGUGAAAAUAAUCCAAAAUGUCUAGCGCUUCAAUAAGUACGGAGCGAAUAGCGUUAAAAAUUUCGGAUUUGGAGGCCCGGCUCAAGGCCGAAAAUGCAGCCAGCGAGCGGGACACCAUUGCUGGAGGACUGGCGGUGGCCCCCGGGGUCCGAAGGCCCGCCACCAUCAGCAGGCCGAAGCGACUGUGCGACCCAUCGUCCCCGUUGCCCCCGAGGCAUGAGGGCACCCCUACGAGGUCGCGAAAGGAACUCGCCCUGCACGGCCUGCCAACUUACACCCAGAACAGGCCUCAAGAGUCGGCGGCUGAGAUCGACGCCAAGAUGAAAGAGAUCAUGCGGCAAACUGGGGUUCUCACCAUAGAGGGGAAACAAUCGAUUGGUUCGCAGAAGUACCAGACGGAAGAAAGCGACCUUGAGCACCUAGGCGACUUGGGCUAUGGCACUUGUGGCCACGUUGUCAAAAUGUUGCACAGGCCAAGCAAAACAGUGAUUGCUGUGAAGCAGAUGCGGCGCUCAGGAAACAGGGAGGAGGAGAAGCGAAUAAUUAUGGACAUAGAGGUGGUGCUCAAGUCUCACGACUGUCCCUUCAUCGUACAGUGCCUCGGCUGCUUCAUAACAGACGCUGAUGUCUGGAUCUGCAUGGAGCUGAUGGCGACGUGCUUCGACAAACUGCUCAAAAGAAUCAAGAAGCCAUUGCCUGAGGAUGUUCUAGGAAACGUUACUGUAGCGACUGUAAAAGCACUCCAUUACCUGAAAGAGACGCAUGGUGUGAUCCACCGAGAUGUAAAACCGAGCAACAUUCUUCUGGAUGAGAGAGGAAUCGUCAAGUUAUGUGACUUCGGAAUAUCUGGAAGGCUAGUCGACUCCAAGGCUAAAACGAGAGGUGCAGGUUGUGCUGCUUACAUGGCUCCUGAAAGGAUUGACCCUCCGAAUCCCACCAACCCCGACUAUGACAUCAGGGCUGAUGUGUGGUCUUUGGGCAUCACCCUGGUGGAGCUGGCGUCUGGUCACUUCCCUUACACCAACUGCAAAACAGACUUUGAGGUGCUUACUAAAGUGAUAAAUGAGGACCCACCCUCUCUUCCCGCAGAUCAGUCAUUUUCUCCAGAGUUCCAGAAUUUUGUUUCUAGUUGUUUGACUAAAAAUUACCAAAAGAGGCCAAAGUACCGCAAGUUGUUGAAGGAUCCCUUCAUCCUCAAGUACGAAAACGCAGAGUUUGACCUUGCACGCUGGUAUGCGUCCACUUUUGAGACAAGCACCCCACCUGCUUUGGUGGCUUCUGAAACGGCCGUCACAAACCUGACGUCCACCGCGGUUCAAACAAACUCAAGUCCUAUCCAAAGCAGCAGCAAGCCGAGUCCUAGUUAUUCGAACGCCAGCACCAACACGGUGGCCUCGCCAACUUCGUGCCUCAGUCCCACCUAUGUCAAUGCUAGUACCAACACUCCAGUCACCAGUCCUAUCAGGAAAUACACUCCGCCCUCGUCAGGCUCAAGCAUCUCUCAGGCAUCUCCUACACCCCCCAGGAGGCAGGGUGUGUUCAACCACUCUCAGUUCCACCACCGAAACCUGUCUGAUCCUAGGCACCACGAGCAGUACAUUAGGCAUCAUGAGCAGCCGCACAGAUUUUACCAAUACCACGACCAGCCAAUCUACGGGCGGCAGCCAAGCGAGCCGCGCUUGUACUCGAAUGAGCGACUUCACCCUGAUCUGCCUCCCACCAUUCCUCCCAGGAUCUAUCCUGCUGACCAGCGAAAGAGGCAUCCGUCGGAGCCUCACCAAAUCCUGACUUCCGCAAACGGAACCCCACCACCUCCUAUUUACCACAGGGCAUUCAGCUUUUCGCCCCCGCCUCCGCCUGCCUCCGCGCACCGCCCCCACUCGCCCGACAAGUGGUUUGCGUCGUACCUGCAGCUGCAGCUGGGCCGUCGUUCGCCGCUUCCGCAGCAGCCCUCGGCAGGGCCGCCGAUCUACGCCCGCAGUCCUCCCCCCAUCUACACCGAGCACAUCUACCAAAGGGACACACUGGUGAUUCCACCCUCGCCGCCCCCGCGCAGCAGCCGCCUCCAGGCAGAAGAGUCGCCCCGGCUGCGGCGCGGCUUCCUCGACACCACCAGGCGCAGCUUGGGGGCCGGCGAGACGCGCUACUUUGUCGCCUCACCCUCCAUGCCCCGAAGGCACGUGUCUCCGGCGCCGCCAGAGCCACCGCCGCGCCGCAUCAACGAGAGCAUGUCAGUGCCUGGGUCGCCGCAGCACGGCCGCGUGCCUCCCUUCCGACUGCAAUACCAGAGCACCCCCGAGCCGCAGCGGCGCACGCUGCCCGACGGGGGUGGGGGCGGCACGGACCUGCAGGAGCAACUCUAGCAUGAGGCCCCUGAAAUCCGCUCUCGACACAGGCGGAUUUCGGGGCUGUCGUGGGGCACACUGAGUCGCCUCUUCAAGUCCAAAAGUUGAUCAGAGAGAAUCUAGUCGAAGCAAGAAGGAGAGAGAAGGCGUGUGUCAACUACCACAGGAUGGAAACAAGCAGAAGAAAGAGAAAAAACCAAAGACACUUUGAUUUGUUUUUGAUUUCGAGCAGGGCCGCCAACGCAGACACUCUCAAAUCUAUCAAAAUCGCUGUCGCUCUGCGCGAACAACAGAGCAAGUGCAAUAUUUUUCAAUUGUCGUCCUCGUAACUGUGAAUGUUUUUUACCGACUGCAGCUCAUUUUGCGGUGAUCAUUUUGAUUUUUGAAAUUAAUUUCCGACUUUGGAGUCGGUCGAAUUGAGAGAAAAAAAAACAUCCAGUGCCAUCAAUGGUGCUAGCUAAUCUAAUACUUAAGUAGCGUUAGGAUUGGAAAUUUUCAUCUCGACUAAUUUGAAUACAAUCAGAUCAUGAGAAUGGAUCAAGACUUUGUAGACAAGUUCUCUUUCGUAGAACUCAGAUGUUUGCAAGUGCCAUUUAAAACGAUAAUACCUCACAUAUAAACUGCCACUGAUAAAAGUGUAACCGAAAAUUCGCUUUGAUAUAUUAGAACUAAAGUUUUGUCUCCUUGCUGAAAGUGGUGAAUCAAAAUGAUGCUGACUGAAAAUUGCAUGAAUGAUUGUCAUGCUCAUUUCUGUGCCAUUUUUCAAUGGAUUUUUAUUAAACUCUGGUUUGAAUUAAAGUGUGUUUGAAACGAGGAGAGCCUUUUAUAUCAGAUGAGCUUCAUUUAGAUAAAAUUACCAAACCAUGGGGAGCAUGAUAAUGUAAAUAACCGCAAAAAAUGCAGUGAAAUCUCAAACAAGAGGGAUGGAACAUGUUUACUCUCGAACUUAGUCUGAUUUGUGAUCGUAUGACUUCAUUUGGAUGAACAUAUCUGUGAAAGCAGAAUGGCUGCUGUUAUUUUUAUCAAUUAUUAUUGUGAUUUGAAUUAGAAAAUUUGGCCUGAAAGAUUGUGAGUUGUUUUGAUUGCACAGAUUGAUUCUAACGUUGACUGAAUAGAGAAGCCAGAGAUUUUGACCAGUCUGUGUGGUCAAU